AUGGUAGUACAGAAUUCGAACAAAAUUUGCGAGAUAACGCUAUGCUCAUCGGAUUUAGGCCAGAAGAUCACAACUUGUGCCAUCAUUCUCCCACAGCUUACCCACUUUCUGCCCACAUUUAAAGUUUCCAAUGUCAACAUAGACGAAUUACAUUCCCUCCAACUUGCUGACCCUAACUGCUUUACACCAUCGAAGAUUGACAUGGUGAUAGGAAGUGAUAUAAAUCCCCAAAUACUCCUGGAUGGGCUACAACGUAACAUCGACGGCACCUUAGUAUCCCAAAACACAAUAUUCGGUUGCAUACUGAGUGGUCCAGUAAGAGAACAUAUCUCGACGUUCUCCACCCACGUCACAGAGGCAACGGAGCCCGAACUCAGCACGCUGCUCAAAAGAUUUUGGGAGCAAGAGGAGAUAGAAACCGCUCAACCCAAAUCAGCAGAAGACGAAUUCUGUGAGGAACUCUACAGGACCACGACCGACAGACGAGAGGAUGGACGCUACGUGGUGAAACGCCUCUUCAAACCCGAAUUCCCGGACGCACUUGCCUUAGGAAACUCCCGCCCAGCAGGCCAGCAACAAUACAUAAGCAUCGAAAGGACUCUGGAGAAAAGGCCGGAAUUGCGCGACAAGUACUCAGAGGUGCUGAAUGAUUACUUCAAAAUGAAUCACACGGAGCAG